GCAGCUGCAGACUCACCUAAGCCAGCCCAGCACCAAGGUCGCUGCUCCUCCGCGCCUGCUGCCCAGAGAGCCACCGACCGCCGGAGCCAUGGUGCACGGGUACAAAGGGGUCAAGUUUGAAAACUGGGCGAGGACCUAUGGCUGCUGCCCAGAGAUGUACUAUCAGCCCACGUCCGUGGAGGAGAUCAGAGAGGUGCUGGCCCUGGCCAGGCAGCAGAACAAGCGGGUGAAGGUGGUGGGUGGUGGCCACUCCCCCUCGGACAUCGCCUGCACCGACGGCUUCAUGAUCCACAUGGGCAAGAUGAACCGGGUCCUCCAGGUGGACCAGGAGAAGAAGCAGGUGACGGUGGAGGCUGGCAUCCUCCUGGCCGACCUGCACCCACAGCUGGACAAGCACGGCCUGGCCCUGUCCAACCUGGGCGCAGUGUCAGACGUGACCGCAGGUGGCGUCAUCGGGUCUGGAACGCACAACACGGGGAUCCAGCACGGCAUCCUGGCCACCCAGGUGGUGGCACUGACCCUGCUGACGGCCGGCGGGGCCAUCCUGGAGUGCUCCGAGUCCAGCAACGCAGAGGUGUUCCAGGCCGCCCGGGUGCACCUGGGAUGCCUCGGGGUCGUCCUCACCGUCACCCUGCAGUGCGUGCCCCAGUUCCACCUGCAGGAGACGUCCUUCCCCUCGACUCUGAAGGAGGUCCUGGACAACCUGGACAGCCACCUGAAGAAAUCCGAGUACUUCCGCUUCCUCUGGUUCCCGCACAGCGAGAACGUCAGCGUCAUCUACCAGGACCACACCAGCAAGCCCCCCUCUUCUUCGGCUAACUGGUUUUGGGACUACGCCGUCGGGUUCUAUUUGCUGGAGUUCCUGCUGUGGAUCAGCACCUUCCUGCCGUGCCUCGUGGGCUGGAUCAAUCGCUUUUUCUUCUGGCUCCUGUUCAACGGCAAGAGAGAGCACAGCGACCUCAGCCACAAGGUGUUCACCUACGAGUGCCGCUUCAAGCAGCACGUCCAGGACUGGGCCAUCCCCAGAGAGAAGACCAAGGAGGCCCUGCUGGAGCUGAAGACCAUGCUGGAAGCCCACCCCAAGGUGGUGGCCCACUUCCCCGUGGAGGUGCGCUUCGCCCGGGGGGACGACAUCCUGCUGAGCCCCUGCUUCCAGCGGGACAGCUGCUACAUGAACGUCAUCAUGUACAGGCCCUACGGCAAGGACGUGCCGCGGCUGGACUACUGGGUGGCCUAUGAGACCAUCAUGAAGAAGGUCGGCGGCAGGCCCCACUGGGCCAAGGCUCACAACUGCACCCGGAGUGACUUCGAGAAAAUGUAUCCCGCCUUUCCGAAGUUCUGCGCCAUCCGAGAAAAGCUGGACCCCACCGGGAUGUUCCUGAACUCGUAUCUGGAGAAGGUGUUCUACUGAACAGGGGCGGGAAGCCAGCAGCCCCCCCCCCAGCCAAGGGGAGCAGAUCUCCCCUCCCGACCCCGGCAGCCCCCUCCUCCCGCAUCCUCUGUCCUCACAGCACCCCCAGCUGGAGGUAGACCCCGCCCCCCAAGCAGGCGAUCACUAGAUCCUGUUUUCCCAGGAGAAAGGGGAGCCCUAACUUGUUACCUUGUCAGGAGGGCAGGGAUUUGCUCAUUCGUGGGUUCCACCUGGGUGUGGAAGUGAAAUUCCCGGGCUCUGUAGCUUCAGGGGUUCCCUCUCCAGCCCUCAUUGGAAGGGGGUCCCUCGGCACGUGUUUGGGCCCAGAGGUCGUGUGCACUGGGCUCUGCUUUCUCUCACUCGUGAGGGUCUUUCAGAUGCUCAGGUGAGUGCCCACCCGCCCUGGGACCGCCCCCUUCCAGGUGGGCCUGGCUGUCCCCUGCCCUUCACGUCCCAGGCCACACUUUGGGAGCAGGAGGCCUCCCUCCUAGGGUAACAGGGCUUGGCCUUGCCUAGAAAAUGCUUCUCUUAGUCCUUUUUUCAAGCCUAGUUUCAGUCUGCCUCUGACCUGCCACACUUUGUGGACUUCGGAGCCCGGUCCUCGAUCCUAUACUACGCACCAAGUGCUGUAGGGGAAUUAAAAGAACCUUAAGAUAUAA